AUGGCUCAGCAAAUAAGCGGAGCAGGAGUUGUCAUCAAGCCAUCGAAAGGACUAGAGUUCAGAUACGCUGUCAGAAUGGGCUUCAAGACCACCAACAACAAAGCAGAAUAUAAGGCCGUACUAGCAGGACUGUUCGCGAUCAAGAAAGUACCGCGAGCCCAGAACAAGUCUACAGACCAACUAGCCCACUUGGCAUUGGCGUCAGAGGCGGAGUUGGACUCCUUGCACGAACAAGUCCGUUUAAUCCCGGAGUCAUCAGUUGCGCCUACAAGAGAAGUUGCACAAGUAGAAGCAAGACCAAAUUGGGCAAAAGGUAUUGUCCAAUUCUUGGAAGAUGGGACCCUCCAAGAAGACCAUAAGGAAGCUAGGAAGCUCCAAAUGAAGGCAGCAAGAUACACACUCGUCCGAGGAGAGCUCUGCAAGCGGGGGCGAACCUUGCCCUUGUUAAAGUGCAUCUCUAAUGAAGAAGGAGCUUACAUUUUGAGGGAAAUCCAUGAAGGAACUUGUGGUAGCCACACAGGAGGAAGGAUACUCACCCAUAAAGCAGUAAGGAUGGGAUACUUCUGGCUAAGUAUGUAUGUCAUUUCCAUGGAGAUGGUCCGGAAGUGCAAGAAGUGCCAGUUGUUCGCCUCCGUUCCUAUCAUUCUUCUAGAAGAAUUGACCCCCAUAUCUUCUCUAUGGGGAGGGAGGAUUGAAAAGUCUGUAAUCACCAAAGACGGCACCCCGCACGCCUUUGUCACUGACAACGGAAAACAGUUUUACUGCCAGCCGUUCAGGGACUGGUGCGAGAAGCUGAAAAUCCAAAAUUUCUACUCUGCCCGAAGGCACCCUCUAGCUAAUGGCCAAGUAGAAGACACAAACAAGACCUUCUUCAGAAUCAUCAAAAAGAAACUGAAAGACAGGAAAGGUAUAUGGGCGGAUGAGCUGCACGAAGCAUUGUGGGCAUAUCGCACAACCGAACGAACCCCAACUGGGGACACCCAUUUUGGCCUGGCCUUUGGCAAUGAGGUCAUCAUACCUGUGGAAAUAGGGCGAGUGCGCCCCCAAAAGUUCGAGGUCGGAGAUUGGGUGUUGCAUAAAGUGACGAUAGCUACCAAGGAUCCCACCGAAGGAAAGUUGGCCCCAAAGUGGGAAAGUCCCUACAAGGUAGUCGGCAACUACAGGUUUGGAGCCUACCACUUGGAGAAUGCGAAAGGGAAGCGACUGCCCUGGCCAUGGAAUGCUCAGCACCUGAAGAAGUUUUACCAGUGA